AGCAAGCAACUCAGGUGCUGAGCCGAUGGGCGACAAUGUCGUGGCACUCGCUGCGCGCUGGUUUGUUCCCGCCCUGGCCGUCGAUGGCUGCGCUGCAACAGCAAGGCCUUCAAGACGCCCACGAUGGUCUGCGCAGUGGCACGCAGCGUUCACUGCUUGCCUCGAUACAAGGUGCGUGGCGAAGCGUGGAUCCGCCGUCGCCGUCGUUCAUUGCCGCUGCAGUCGCGGUCCUCUACGGCCUCUCGAUCGCGGGCUCGCUCGUAUGGCUCCGCAUCGCGCUCGCUACGAUUCCCUUGAGCGUGCUCCUGGUCCGACUUGGCCUCGCCACGUGGUGCUUCUACGUGCGCAUCGCAGCGCAGCGCCGCGCGACGGUGCUUCUACGCGCGUGGCAGGAGCACCUUGCAUUGUUCGACGCCACGCUGCAAGCGUUCGAGGACGUGGUGGCCCAUUCGUUGCGGCGGAUCAAGGCGGCCGAGGUUGUCCACCGAGGCUACCAUCUCGACACGCUCCUCCCACCCAUUGCCCGACUCGAGGCCAACCGAGCGAGCUCGAUCGACGACUUACGCUGCGUGCACCUUCGUGUCCUACUGCGCGAGGUCUUUGCGCAGCUUCAGGAUCCCACGUACGUCAUGAACGUGCAAGUGACGAAUGACGCGGCGCCGUCAUUGCUCUUGCUCGCGUUAAGCAACCAGCAAAAGGCCGCGCGUGCGGCGCUACAAACACAGCUCAACACGCUUCGUGCCCAGGUCGUGUCGUCCGUGUCGGCGCUCGACGACGCCGCGACGCAGCUUCACCGGCUCGUCGCGACCGUCGCCACCUUAUGCGAUCGCGUCGCCGACGUCGAGUCGGCUUCAGGUGAAUCGACGCUGCCAUGUGCGACUGUACGCACACCCAGCCCUCGCUUCCCGCCGACGAGUACCUGGCACCACGCCCACCGGGUCCAAGUCGCACUCGACUCGGCCAACGCACUCCUUUACGCGUACAAGCAGGACCUUGCGCACGGCCACGACGACGACGGAGCGACGCGUGCGCGCGUGGCCAAGUUUGUCAACGACGCUGUCGCUGCCAUGUGCACGUGGGAGAAAGCAUCCAUUCCUUCCGUCGACGGACCCGCGUCCGAGGAGCCCGCCACACCGCCGCCGAUCGAUCGCGACAGCGUGGUGUCGACUGAAAGAGCAGUAGAGGUACCGGCGCCCGUCGAUCCGACCGUGACCGAGGUGUUUACGGCGCUCAGCACCGGGCGCACCGAGGCCGACGAGGCGCUUGCCGUUGCACCAGAGAAGAAUGGCCUCUUGUUGCCCUCGUUGCAUUCGGUCAUGGACGAACUCCACGAUGUCCUCGACCAACGGGUGUUGCCGCCCGAGCGCGUCAACGGCGUCGAAGUCGAAGCGCCCACCGUCGUUGCGCCCUGCAACGUUCCACUGCCGUCCACUUCGUCGUCGACUCUGGCGCGCCCGGCAUUGCAGUUGGAGCUCCAGAAGGCGUUCCAAGCGGCAGCCUUUGCCAACGACUACGUACUCGGCGAGAGCGAUAGCGAGUAAUGACCUACCUAUACCAACAACUGGGUAAUCUGUCAGGUGAACCA